AUGGGAUCAUCUGUUGAUCUAUCAUCUAUCCAAUCGAAUCUUUACGAAGUUUUAAGAGUGAAGAUGAGAUCGCUUCAGGCACCGAUCGUUUGCCCUAGUGUUCGUCCCAGAGAAUUGGGCGUCUCUGCUUCACUCGUCAACUGCUCUGUUUCGAAACCACCGAGGUUUCUCAGAAACCAUUUCUUGGGAAACCAGACCAGAAACGUCAAGUCCCAAUUUGCUACAGUCACUCUCCGGCUCCAUCUUCGAAGGUGGAAGAGUGUACAGUGUCUUUUCAGCUCGCAUUCCGAUGGAACCGGGAGCACCGCAGAGAAUUUCAACGAGAACGACGACGAUUAUGUCAAUUCUAGUGUACUGGAAGCUGUUGAGGUGAGAAGUGGAGCAGAUGGUUUCAUGGUGAAGAUGAGAGACGGGAGGCAACUACGAUGCGUCCACAACAAUCCUCAGGGAGGGAAUCUUCCAAAUUAUGCUCCACACUCUGCAAUUGUGCUGAAAAUGGAAGAUGGAACUGGUCUUCUUCUUCCCAUUAUCGUCUUGGAGAUGCCUAGUGUGUUACUUAUGGCAGCAAUGACAAAUGUUCAAAUAGCAAGACCCACAAUGUAUGAAGUGGUGCAGGAGAUGGUUGACAAAUUGGGUUAUGAGGUUAGGCUGGUUAGAGUAACCACAAGAGUUCAUGAGGCAUACUUCGCACAGUUAUACCUUUCAAAGGUGGGUGAUAAGUCUGAUUGUGUGAGCUUUGACCUUCGUCCUUCAGAUGCAAUCAACAUAGCUGUUAGAAGCAAGGUACCUAUCCAAGUCAAUAAGUAUCUAGCUUAUAGUGAUGGAAUGAGAGUCAUUGAGUCCGGGAAGCUAUCGAAGCAGACACCUGCUUCAGAUGGUUUACUAUCUCCAGAACUGGACCGGCCAAAUGGUCAGCCUUGUCUUGAUACAACAGAGUUUGAUCUAUUGAGCCACAUGAUGCAAGCUGUCGAUGAAGAACGCUAUGAUGAAGCCGCUGAGUGGAGAGACAAGCUUGGCCAGUUUCAAGCAAAACGCAAGCUAAGGAAGUACACAUGA